UAUUUCUUGAUUAUUUUCAUAUUCUUUAGAAUUUUCUAAGAUUUGGACCCAUCUCAUUGUAUUGUAUAAAUGAGCUCAUCGCAUGGCAGCUUAUGAUUUCAGUCUAGUCCUCUCCUUCUCUCUCUAUUCUCCAAAACCAGCCUCUCUCCUUGAUUUCUGGGUUUCAGGUAGACUAUGGCGGUUUACGUGAGAGCCAAGCGAGUCACAGACCCUCUCAACGACAACGUCAAGGCGUGCCUCUGCGGUAGAGAUCACAAUCAAAUCAGCUACGAUAGCAGCGGCAGCGACCAUUCUCCUUGCCUCUCCGACCUAGUCCAUGGCUUCUUAGAAGCCGAAUCCAAUUCACCCAACCAUGAAGAAUCUUCCGAUGAGGACCGCGAUUCUUUGCUUCACGAACCUGUCGAUGUAAUCGAGAGCUUGCUUAACCCGGCCAGUGAUUCCGAUCCAUUUUGGAACCACCUUCUCUCUCUAGUCUCCGAGGCAGUGAAGGCGUUCGCCUGUGAGAGAUCGAAUUUGUUCGUUUUCCGACGGAAGGUGAUGACGUAUCUGAGAGAUUCCGGUUACAAUGCAGCGAUCUGCAAAACUAAAUGGGAAAGCUCCGGCGGACUCACAGCAGGAAACUAUGAGUUCAUCGACGUCGUCAGAUCUGACGCUGUGUGGCAACAGAGAUACAUCGUGGACGUCGAGUUCUCCGGUGAGUUCGAGAUCGCUCGGCCGACGGUGAACUACGACCGUCUGCUAAACGCGCUUCCGAAAGUUUACGUUGGUAGAACAGAAGAUUUGAAACAGAUCGUGAGAUUAAUGGCGGAUGCGGCGAAGAGGUCACUGAAGGGCAGAGAACUGUCUCUUCCUCCAUGGAGGAAGAACCGGUACAUGCAGACCAAAUGGUUCGGUCCAUACAAAAGGAUCUUGAACCAAGGUCUGACCAAGGUUUCUUUCCCGGUGGAGCUCGAGAAAUUAGCCGUGACAUGCCGAUCCAUUGGAUUCGACGCCGUGAACGAUGGUAGUAACUUGUUUGCUUUCCCUCCACUGGCUACUCGAACAAGAUAAUCCGGCGUCCCGGAAAGCUGUGUUACGAAUAGCGACAAGGAGAGUCAGUGCAGACGGCAGAGCAGGGCCGUGCAGAUUAUGGUAUAGUGGGACCCACAAAAAUGAGGACGAUGCCAGAUUGUGAGUGACACGUGUUCGAUAAUCCGUGAGAAUGGUGGGGGUAGGAAUUGAUUGGAUGUGACGUGGAGAUAAAAUCACACGUUAAUGUUAAUGUGGUGGGGCCUCUAAGUUGUACAUAGCUGUUAAUACAUCUUCCACCCUCCCUCACGCCCUCUUUCAUCCCUUUAUUAAGGAUUUUAUGGCAUCUUUCAUGCUCAAUUUUUACACGUGGACACAGUGAUGUUGAUGGACUCUUAAAGGGACCAGCUUAGUUGGAAACUGGUUAUGAACCGGUGGUCCACUAAUAGCCAAGGUGGUAAACGCUGACCCAAGAAUUUCCGUUCAUGUACUGAGUGGUUCAAAGAUUAGAUGACAGUUCAAUGC